CUGCUCUUCGUCCGCAACGAGCUGCCCGGGCGCAUCGCGGUGCAAGACGAUCUGGACAACACGGAGCUGCCCUUCUUCACCCUGGAGAUGUCUGGCACUGUGGCGGAUAUUUCCUUGGUGCACUGGAAGCAGCAGUGGCUGGAGAACGGCACCCUGUAUUUCCAUGUCUCCAUGAGCAGUGCCGAGCAGCUGUCCCGGGCCACCCCACCCACCCUUCAAGAGCCUGCUGAGAUCGUGGAGGAGCAGAUGCACAUUCUUCACAUUUCUGUUAUGGGUGGCCUGAUUGCUCUGCUCCUGCUCCUGCUGGUGUUCACAGUGGCGCUGUAUGCCCAGCGGCGAUGGCACAAGCGCCGCCGGAUCCCCCAGAAAAGUGCCAGCACUGAAGCCACCCACGAGAUCCACUACAUCCCCUCGGUGCUGCUGGGCCCGCAGGCCCGGGAGAGCUUCCGCAACUCACGCCUGCAGGCUCACAACUCCGUCAUCGGCAUGCCCAUCCGCGAGACGCCCAUCCUGGACGACUACGACUUUGAGGACGAGGAUGAGGUCCCACAGCGGGCAGAGCCUGGCACGAGGGAGGACGAGUUUGGCAGCCAGGUGACGCGGACACUGGAGAGCCUGGGCAGGGGCGGGGAGGAGAAGCCCGAAUACGAGAAGAAAGCUGCUGAGGCGACGCAGGAGACGGUGGAGUCCUUGAUGCAGAAGUUCAAGGAGAGUUUCCGCACCAACACGCCCAUUGAGAUCGGCCAGCUCCAGCCGGCCCUGCGCAGCACGUCGAUGGGGAGGCGGAAACGCAGGAGCAGACCCCGAGGUGGAAUUGGGUUUGGACGUGCCAAGGGAAACUCUGGCUCAGAGGCAGAUGACGAAACCCAGCUGACCUUCUAUACCGAGCAAUAUAGGAGCCGGAGACGGAGCAAAGGCUCUCUGAAGAGUCCAGUGAACAAGACGGCCCUGACGCUGAUUGCAGUCAGCUCCUGCAUCCUGGCCAUGGUGUGCGGCACCCAGCUCUCCUGCCCUUUGACCGUGAAGGUCACUCUUCAUGUGCCUGAGCACUUCAUUGCAGACGGAAGCAGUUUUGUUGUGAGCGAAGGAAGCUACCUGGACAUCUCUGACUGGUUAAAUCCAGCCAAGCUCUCCCUUUACUAUCAGAUUAAUGCCACCUCCCCCUGGGUGAGAGAUCUCUGUGGGCAGAGGACCACCGAUGCCUGUGAGCAGCUGUGUGAUCCAGAGACUGGUGAGUGCAGCUGUCAUGAAGGCUACGCCCCUGACCCAGUGCAUCGGCAUCUGUGCGUGCGCAGUGACUGGGGGCACAGUGAAGGGCCUUGGCCCUACACAACACUCGAAAGGGGCUAUGACUUGGUCACAGGAGAACAAGCGCCAGAGAAGAUACUCAGGUCCACUUAUAGUUUGGGUCAAGGCCUCUGGCUACCUGUCAGUAAGAGCUUUGUGGUGCCACCUGUGGAGCUUUCCAUCAAUCCUCUUGCCAGCUGCAAGACAGACGUCCUGGUGACAGAAGACCCGGCAGACGUCAGGGAAGAAGCGAUGUUGUCCACCUACUUCGAAACCAUCAAUGACCUGCUCUCUUCCUUUGGGCCAGUCCGAGACUGCUCACGCAACAACGGUGGCUGCACCCGUAACUUCAAGUGUGUGUCGGACCGCAAAGUGGACUCCACGGGCUGUGUGUGCCCGCAGGAGCUGAGGCCCAUGAAGGACGGCACUGGCUGCUAUGACUAUUCCAAGGGGAUCGACUGUUCGGAUGGCUUCAAUGGUGGCUGUGAGCAGCUGUGCCUCCAGCAGACCCUUCCCCUGCCAUAUGACCCCUCCUCCAGCACCAUCUUCAUGUUCUGCGGCUGUGUCGAGGAAUACAAACUCGCUCCAGACGGCAAAUCCUGUCUCAUGUUGUCUGACAUCUGCGAGGGCCCCAAGUGCUUGAAGCCGGACACCAAAUUCAACGACACCCUCUUUGGUGAGAUGCUGCAUGGGUACAACAACCGGACCCAGCAUGUCAACCAAGGCCAGGUGUUCCAGAUGACCUUCAGGGAGAAUAACUUCAUCAAGGACUUCCCCCAGCUGGCCGACGCGCUGAUGGUGAUUCCGCUGCCUGUGGAGGAGCAGUGCCGCGGCGUCCUCUCUGAGCCCCUGCCUGACCUCCAGCUGCUCACUGGCGACAUCAGGUACGACGAGGCCAUGGGCUACCCCAUGGUGCAGCACUGGCGGGUCAGAAGCAACCUCUACAAAGUGAAGCUCAGCACCAUCACCCACUCUGCAGGAUUUGCAAAUGUGCUGAAGGUUCUAAGCAAGGACAGCAGCCGGGAGGAGCUGUUGUCGUUCAUUCAGCAGUACGGCUCUCACUACAUCGAAGAGGCGCUGUAUGGAUCAGAGUUCAGCUGCAACAUCCACUUCCCCAGCAAGAAGGUCCAACAGCAGCUUUGGCUCCAGUACCAGAAAGAAACGACUGAACUCGGUACAAAGAAGGAGCUCAAGUCUAUGCCAUUCAUCACCUACCUCUCAGGCCUGCUGACAGCUCAGAUGCUCUCGGACGACCAGCUGAUCUCAGGCGUGGAGAUCCACUGCGAAGAAAAGGGCCGCUGCCCCUCCACCUGCCACUUGUGUCGGCGCCCAGGCAAAGAGCAGCUCAGCCCAGCCCCGGUGCUGCUGGAAAUUAACCGGGUGGUGCCCCUGUACACGCUGAUACCGGACAACGACACGAAGGAGGCCUUCAGGGGAGCCCUGAUGAGCUCGUACUGGUGCUCAGGGAAAGGAGACGUUAUCGAGGAUUGGUGCAGAUGUGACCUCAAUGCCUUCGAUGAGAAUGGACUCCCAAACUGCAGUCCUCUCCCUCAGCCUGUGUUGCGCUUAUCCCCCAGCGUAGAGCCCUCCAGCACCGUGGUCUCUCUGGAGUGGCUGGAUGUCCAGCCUGCGAUCGGGACAAAGGUCUCCGAUUACGUCCUUCAGCACAAGAAGGUUGAUGAGUACACGGACACUGACCUCUACACAGGAGAAUCCUUGAGCUUUGCUGAUGAUUUGCUCUCCGGACUCGGAACUUCCUGCGUGGCAGCUGGCAGGAGCCAUGGAGGGAUCCCAGAAACCAGCCUUUAUUCGGUCAUUUUCAAGUGCCUGGAACCAGAUGGCCUGUACAAAUUUACCCUCUAUGCCGUGGACACCCGAGGGAGGCAUUCAGAGCUGAGCUCAGUCACCCUGAGAACAGCCUGCCCACUGGUGGAUGACAGCAAGGCAGAAGAAAUAGCUGACAAAAUCUACAACCUCUACAAUGGCUACACCAGUGGGAAGGAGCAGCAGACUGCCUACAACACGCUGAUGGAGGUCUCCGCGUCCAUGCUCUUCCGAGUCCAGCACCACUACAACUCGCACUACGAGAAGUUUGGAGACUUUGUCUGGCGCAGUGAGGAUGAACUGGGGCCCAGGUAAAACCUAGAACAAACCGACAGUUACAACCAAGUGAAACCAAAACCGGAAGGGAGGUAGCUGGAACCUGACUCUGAACGACCCUCUGGCACAACCCUCCUGUCUCAGCCAUGGGGGCGAGGGGCAGCAGAAUGUGCAAGAAAGCCUGGACACCAGCACAGUCCGUUUUGGGGUGGAGGGUAGCAGCUGAUAGGGGUUUUCCACCCCGUCACGCACGAUUCACCGCUUUCUGAUCUAACUCUCCCUCCUCCUAGCCAUGGACACCAUCAGCAGCAGGAGCCAAGCUUGGGCAAACCCUGCUCCAAGCGAAGAUGAUCACCUCACUCAGGGCUACUGUGGGGUGGAGCGUUGGCCCCACAUCUCUGGCAGUCAGGCAGGUGCAACGGGACCUGCACCAAGUGAGCAGCUGCCUUCGGUGGCUUUAUAUCUUUUGUUUUGUGCAUUUGCUUGGUGGCUUGUGUCCCUCCAACCUCUUCCUCCUGCCUGAUCCAACCCCCACUGAAGUCAAUGGGAGUCUUUCCAUUGAAGUCAAUGGGAGCUGGAUUGGACCCUGAAAGAGUUAACCCUGUAUACGCCAAGGAUUAGAUUAAUCUUUUCCUCAGGACCGCUGCGAGGGAGGGUGGUAAAGGGCCCACGUCCCUUUGCGGCCCCUCCACUCACCCACCUAUGCACAGAGGCAAGGCGCAAUGGGAGGCUUGCGUUCAGGGAGCGCAAGGGGGCAGAGGUGGAAAUCAGGAGCCCCCUCACGCACAUGCCAACCCAGGUUUUCUUCUAAUAAAGCCCAUGGGAGGGAAUGCUGCGCGAAGCAGCGCUAACAUCCGCUGCUGGUGCUGUGGGCUCCGUCGGGGGAGAUGCACGGCCCAGUGGGGAAAAGAGCAGCAUGGAGGUUCUGCCCUGAAGAGGGGUCUGCCACUGUUGGCAGACCGGGAAUUGCAGUGCUGUGACUGGCCUGUGAGGCUUUAUGGGUGAGAGGCCACACCUCCGUCCACACUAGCCCCACCCCCCUCAAGCAAGAAGGACUCAAAUCUCUGUGAGCAGCAGCUUGCCCUAUCUUCUCCGCAUUGAUCCCUCUCUAUGCAAAAGGGGCUGUUUUGGCCCUGAGUUCACAGGCGCUCACAGCGGGCACGAGACACGUAUGCGCCUUUGGGGCUCUAUGCAGGGUAGCGUUCUAACUGGGGAAAGUAUAGAUAUAAAUCAAACCCAUAUUAAUACGUAUAACUGAAACGUUAUAGCUGCCCCAUCUCUCUGGGCGGUGCAAAUAGGACAUGGGACACAGAGCAGAGCUCCUGCCAACCUGCCUCGGGCGUAGAGGACACAAGGCGGUCGGCAUUUAAAGGGCAUCUGGGGCUUGUGAGCUCUUUUGAUGAUACACGAAGCAAACUGCCAGCACGGGGGAGGGGCAAUGCCACCGUCUCACGUGUAUUUUCGUGUGGCUGGCAGCCUCAGAAGAGAGGCAAAGGACUCAGGGCUGCAGGGGAUCGCUGUGAGUAAGUGCAGCUCCCAUUCUAUUCAGCUAAAUUUGAGGAUGUUCAAGAUCAUGAUGCCUGACCAAUCUUUUUGUCCUUGGGAGGGCAACAGUGAGCGCGUGCGUGCAGGUGGGUGGGAUGCCUGCAUGACAGCCAGGACCGGUACCUGUUCUCUGAAUCAAUAGAGGGCUUUGGAUGUGGGACCCUUCAGCAGAUUUACGACAGAUUCACUGCCCCAGCCCUCCCAGACUGGAAUUGUUUUGGGGUCAUCACUCGUUUAAUGGCCUUAGCUUUAACAGAGUGAGUCCAGGGAUGUGUUUGGCCCUUUCUCUUUGGAUCCUUAAACUUGACCCCAAUUCCUACAAGCAUGUUGAUUUCCCACGUCGAGCCAUUUUUACAACCUCCGGCAGCUCCCCCAGGCGUGCCAUGGCUGGGGAAGGGAGAUGCAGCCUCUGUAGAAGGCUGGGCAUUGACUACACCCAACCGAAAUAAAGUCCAGGUCUAGGGAGCGGUCCUAAGGCCCCUAAAUCAGUGAGUACCACUGGGAUGCCCAAGCUGGGCAAUGAAGCACUGCGGGCUUUUGGUAUCACUGAGUUGAAGAAGAAUUCCUCUUUUGGCUUAAAAUGUGAAUUUUUUGCCCUUCCCACCACAUCUUUUCCCUUCCCCAGAGUCUAAAAGAUCAGGCAAGCAGGAUGGUUCAUUCUGGGCUGCAGUGGUUCAAGGGACAGCAGCCGGUUCUAGGAUGGCUUCAAGGGGAGCUGGGCACUAGAGGUCCCACAUCUGGCCCCGUGGCCCUUGUCAAUGCACUUAAAUGAGCUGCCCAAGCUCUAAAAUGCCGCUGCCAUUCCCUUGUCAGGCAACGUUAGACCCGCCUCUUGUUUGAGCCCAUUUUAAAGCCCUGCAGAAGGGGAGAUUAACCCUUUCAGGGAGGCGUUAUUGUCAAUAGGAGCCCUGGAUGCAAAUCCAGCCGUUCGUGUGCAGACUUUAGGGAUAUGUUUGGAAUGGGUUGUAGCAGCAAUGUCCACACUGGCUCCGCUGGGUAUCAGAUUGACUCAAUGGGAUCUGAGCAACCAGAGGAUGCUGAAUCCCAAAUAAGAAAUGACGAAGCGGCCGGUGGAAAGUGCACCUUUCAGGACCAGAACUGGAGGUGGAGAGGAGGGGGCAGAUGGGAGGUGUGAGGGUAGCCUCUCUUAAUGCCCUUCCUUUUGGAAGGUUCCAAGCAGCUGAUCUCCUGCUCUGAAGUCGCUAUGUGGGAUGGAUCCGCCCACAGGCCUGAGAAUUUAAUACUGACAAACCCGGUUCAAAACUCUAAUACUGUCCCCAGCCAUUCUUUCCCCUCGGCUUGUGCCUUUGCACUCUCUGCCUCUCCUCUCCUCUCCUCCUGCGCCAACAGGAGCACAAAGAGGUUCUUCAAUAUAAUAUACCCACAUACCAAAGGGGAGGCGUAAGCAGAACCAUUGGCUAGCUGGAGGUGAAGCAGCAAAUCUCUUUGGCUGGCUGGUGUCCUGAUUUCUUGCCCCAGUGCUGAGGAGAAAACCAGAGGGUCUGAAAGGCAGGUUGUAGGUAAGCUUUAAGGCAGAUUGUUUGGUUGCUUGGGGUUGUUGUCACCCUGUCCUGACACAGUAAAGAAACUAGUUGUAUGGGACAUAGCAGCAGAAGUAGCAGCAGCAGACAUGCUCCAACGACAAGUAUGGGGGUUUGAUUUACCCUCCCUAUUCCCUCAGGAGCAAUAAUCUCCAAUCCUCAGUGCCAGCCUAACUCAUAAAUGCCAAUCCUCAGCCCAUCCACUCGCUAGCCCCCACCCUUGCUUCACCACGGGACGGUCUGCCCACCAGCAAACGUCUCGGAGUUCUCCCAUGUGUAGGCUGCAAUUUGCAGGCUGGAGGUAGGCCAGUGGAGCCGCGCAGAAAAGCCCAGUACAGUUUGCAAAGCUCCUAGCCUGGGUGUAAUAUUUCCAUGAUAAGAUAAUGCAACCCACAUUUCAUCCGUCUGGCCAUUUGGAAAGACAUUCACCGUGGUGAACCCAUCCUAACCUCAGUGCCCUGGGCGUGAGAUACCUGGCAUUCAGCAUCAAUAUAGGCUUGGCCUGGUUUCAUCCGAGAGCUCAGCCUCUUCCAUGAAUGCUCUGAGUUAUGAGCGCUGGAGAGGGGAAAGUGUGUUUGCUUUGAUCUCAAUCUCUCUAUUUAUCUCUAUAAAUUUGUAUAUAUAUAUAUGGCUUGUUUCUCGCCUUAGAUCUAGAUACAAACAGUUCAAAUUAGGUGGGCGCACAACUGCAUAAACACAUGCUGUUUUGAUACUUAAAAGUCUUGACUCGACUCUUUGUUUUUGCUUGUUUGUUGUUUUUGCUAUUUAAGAUAUACUUAAUACAUAACCCCCCACUUUGAGUUCUCCUUGGACAAAAAUUAAAGGCAGACUGGGUGAAUUCUAAAGGUCCCUGGUGCAGAAAUGCCAUCCAGUUGAGCAGCUAAAUGUUAAAGACAAUACCAAAAAGGGAUGUGGUGUCUCUCCGAGCCUGCCUUUAGCGGUGUGAUCGUCCAUUC